UCGGCUCCAGCACUUAGUCAGAGCCCGAGUCAGAGAUGAGCGGGGCCACGAGGUUCAGGCAGUGCGGCUCGGUGCUGGUGACCGGAGCCAGCCGCGGCAUCGGGCUGCAGAUAGUCGAAAGCCUGGCAGGAGGAGGCUUCUCCCCGGGGAAGAUUAUAGCCACGACCCGAAACCCCGGUGGCGCCCAGAAACUUCAGGAUCUGGCUCUGAAACACCCGAACAUCCACAUCACCACCCUGGAUGUGCUGAGCCAGGAGAGCAUAGAUAAAUGUGCAGAGGAGGUGAGCCGGCUGGUUCAAGACCAGGGUCUGAACUGCCUGAUCAACAACGCAGGGAUUAAUGUGGUGGCCGACUUUCACUCUGUUACUGCCGAAAAGAUGAUAGAAAACUUCCACACCAACGCUGUGGCUCCUCUUAUGAUCACCAAGGCCUUCCUCCCUCUGCUCAAAGCAGCUGCGUCCAGAGGAGGAGCAGGCGGCUCAGGGAGCAUGAGCAUCCAGAGGGCAGCAGUUAUCAAUAUGUCCUCUCUAAUGGGAUCUGUGGAGCGCAACUGGGGGGAGAGUGCAAACAUUAAAUGGUUCCCCUACAGGACCUCCAAGACUGCCCUGAACAUGGUGAGUCGCUGUAUGGCUGCAGACCUGGAGCCCGAUGGGAUUCUCUGUAUUGCCAUACACCCAGGCUGGGUGCGCACUGACAUGGGGGGGUCCCAGGCUACAUUGAGUCCAGAGGAGAGCACUUCCUCCAUGUUGUCUGUGAUUGGAGGCCUAAGUGAAAAGCAUCAUGGGUCGUUUUUGAACUUUACUGGAGAGGUGCUACCCUGGUAAACCCGCACAUCACCAGUAAUGAGUAUGGUGAUUAUGAGCACUAUUAACUUUUGGUUGUUAAGUUAGUUAAGAUCCUCUUCAGCUAAGCAAAGAUUAAUCUGUUACCGGCUCAGAGUUGUUCUUUCAUCCAGCUCCAACCUCUCGAGCCAAUACAGUGUCCAGUAAAUAAAAUGCUUUGUCUCCUUGAGGUGAAAACUGGAUAAAGGCGUCAGCUAAAGGAAAUGUAAUGUAAAAACUGCCACAUAAUUAACAUGCUUAAUAAAAGUUUGUAGCUCUAAAUAAA